AUGUCCCACAUUGACGGUGUCUUCAGCCUCACCGCUCAUGCCUGUGGAGUCUACCCAGUUGACGGUGCCUGUGUGUUCUUGUUACAGAGACUAGAUAACCUUGUCUCUAUGUCACCUGCUCCCGAUGCUCCCAAGGUUAAAGGGCUCGCCCCUCCUACAUUCGUCAGUUACACUCCGUUUCAUGAGGCGGUUGGCCCGCGUUGCACUCCUGCUGAGCUUUCAGAAAUUAUGCAAGAGAUUGUUGCAUCCGCUGAUCACGGCAACUUUGACAAUCUUCCCGAGGGUCGCGUUUACGCUCGCAACUGCUUUUUGGUGACCUACAUUGAAGGCGACCUCUUCGUGGAUCGUCGCGAUCAGACGUACCUUGGUCGGACUUGUCCGAUCGAGAACUGGUGGGCCAAGCAUGACCUAAAGCGCAUUCCUCCACCUUCAGCUGCCUCAGUUGUGAUUGCGGAGUGGUCAAACGUGAAGUGGAAGUGGUCGCAGUCCCUUCAAAGGCGUUAUCACGUUCUGCAUCCGUCGUGA